AUGGCUCACCAGCGGAACCAGUCUACGGGCGAAGGCCUGAAGACUCCGCAUUCCGUGAGCCUCAAAGUCCUACGGCUCUCCCGACCCUCGCUCGCACUCCAGUACCCGCUUCCAAACGCUGCAGCAUUGGGCAUUUCUCCCAAAGCCUCUCUCGCAUAUCCUUCUGAUAACACAGACGACAAUUUCAUAAUAAGCCCCGCCCUGAAUCUUCCGGAAGCCUUUGGAAGCGCCUACGUCGGCGAGACAUUCGCAUGUACACUAUGUGCGAACAACGAGGUGGAUCCUACCGACACGACACGAAACAUAAGUGGUGUAAGGAUACAGGGAGACAUGCAAACGCCAUCGACACCAUCUGGAACAGCACUUGAACUCAGCUCUGCAGAUGACGAAGAAGAGGGAUUGUCGCCUGGGCCAGGAGAUUCACUACAGAAGAUACUCCGCUUCGAAUUGAAAGAGGAAGGAAAUCAUGUUCUCGCGGUCACGGUCACUUACACUGAGACGAUUCUAGCAGGCGAAGGAAGAGCUAGCGGUGGAAGAGUCAGAACGUUCAGGAAAUUAUAUCAAUUCGUCGCGCAACAGCUCCUGAGCGUGCGCACGAAGGCAGGCGAGAUCAGCGUUAAAGGGGGCACGCCCAAGUUUCUAUUAGAAGCACAAUUAGAGAACAUGGGGGAGGCAGCGGUGUCCUUCGAGGCAGUCAAACUCAACCCAAAACACCCCUUCAAAUCGACAUCGCUGAAUUGGGACAUGCCAUCCCCUGGAAGCCCGCGCCCACUCAAUUUUCCGAUAUUGAAUCCACGCGACGUAGUCCAAGUUGCAUUUCUCCUUGAACAUAAACAGCAGCAACAGGACGGCGAGGAAACAGAUGACGACCAGGCGCCAACAGCGGGAAAAUUACCACCGGGAGACGGUAGGACGGUCCUAGGCCAACUCGCGAUUCAGUGGCGUAGCGCGCUGGGGGAUCGAGGGUCUUUGAGCACGGGGUGGCUCACAAGCAGGCGUUAA